AUGGAUAUCGUAUUACUUACAUCGCUUGAUAAUAUUGAUUUUCGUGAAUGGUGCAAAUUAACUUGUAGCACUAAAAAAUGUAUCGACUUUUGUCAAAACGUUGGUUUGAUCGGUUUCACUCUAAAUGAACCUUGUGCACAAGGUCAUAAUAAUUGGAAACUAGGUUCUUGUGCACGAGCAUCUGAUGAAUUUGUAUGGAGAUGUGGAAAAUGCAAAAGCACAAGAACUAUUCGACAUGGCACAUUUUUUUCUAAUUCGAAACUUGCAAUUCGUCAAGUUCUUGAUCUGACAUACUUCUGGGCCGAAUCAACAAUAGUUGAUUGGAAGAAUUUUUCUCGAGAUUUGUGUGGCGAGCACUUUUCGAGACAUCCGGUGGUCAUUGGAGGACCGGGGCACAUUGUUGAAAUUGAUGAAAGUGCGUGGACAAAAAGAAAGUACAAUCGGGGGCGUCUUGUGUCUAAUCAGUGGGUCUUUGUCGGUAUCGAUAGAGAUACGCGCGAGUGUUUUGCAGUUUUAGUUGAUCAACGCGAUGCUGCAACACUUCUUCCAAUCAUCCAUCAAUAUAUUCGUGCUGGUACUACGAUCUACAGUGAUCAAUGGGCCGCUUACAACGGAAUUGCUAAUGGGCCCGGUCCUGAUCGAUACAAUCAUCAAACAGUCAACCACUCCGUAAAUUUCGUUGAUCCAACAACUUCAACACAUACUCAAAAUAUUGAGAAUUUAUGGAUGUGCAUGAAGAGAAAAAAGAAAAACCAAAUGGGGCAGCAUGUAACUCUUCUCGGAACUCAUCUGACUGAGUAUAUGUGGCGUCAGCGUUUUGGAGAUCGCCCAUUUGAAAAUCUCGUUCGAGCUAUUCAAGAAAAAUAUGUUGUACAAUAG